AUGAUUACUUUCCAGCAAGAAAUUUUAAACUUGGUCAAGUGUUUCAGAAGACAAUGGUGUUUAUUUUCAAACUCUGAAAGGACUACGGUAUGUGGAGCAGACUGCAUGCUGAUGGCAUUGCAACUGUCCAUGGCUGAAGUCAAUAAACAGCACCAUGGAGACUUCACAGUAUCACUUAGUGAUGUGCUGGAAACUUGGAACUAUUUGUUACAUGACAAACUGGGAUUAUCAUAUGAAAACAUGAAAGAACCUGAAAAUUAUGCUGAUGUAAAAAAAACCUAUCACACCUUCUUAGCAAGAAGCAAUAUGUUAGAUCUAGUAGACAUACGUCAGAAGUGCUAUAGUCUUGGACUUUUACCUGAAGAUGAAAGCAUAACCCCUGUUCAGCUGUUGGAAUUCAUUUCUGGCAUAACGAAUGUACAAGAAAAUAAUGAUUCUGUUCUUUCUACUCCUUCUACACAAGUCAACAGACAGGGCCAGGAGAAUGUGAAGGCAGCAAUCCUGGCAAAGAAGUCUGUCUGUUCAUAUUUAAGUCUGUUGGUGAAUUCUAAGGAUGAUCUGUCGCUGGCUCAUGUUCUAAAUGUUCCUGACAGAGGACUUGGUAGAGAAGCCUUCACUAACCUGAAACAUGCCUCACAGGAGAAGAAAAUGUCCAUUUUCCUGAUGGCAACAUCUUUUAUCUGAACCAUAGAACUUGGAGGAAGAGACUGUGCAUCUUCUUUAUAUGACCCUUUAAGAGCCCAUGUAAAGGGGCUCUCCAACUUUGUUAAUUUUAUUGACAAGCUACAAGAAAUUGUUGGUGAAAUCUUAAAUCCCAGAAUCGCAGGGGGGCGAAUUCUGUCAACAGUGAAGAUGCAUUUGAUAAAAGGCCGAAGCAAUGGGGAUCCUUUCUGUCAGGCAGUAGAGGAAGUUGUACAAGAUUUGGAUUUGAAGAUUAAAAAUAUUAUCGAUUCACAACAGGAAAUCUUGACUGCUAGCACUACUGGAGUCAGUCCAACACGGCCAAAACUGCAUUCCAUAAAUCAUGGCACUGCAUAUUGUGGCAGAGAUACUGUAAAGGUCUUAUUAGUUCUUCUGGAUGAAGAAUCCGUCCAUCCUCCUACCCAGAACAAAGCUGAUCUGUUAUAUGACAAUGAAAGCUUAGAUUUGUUUGGAAUCACCUCUGUUUUGACACUCUUCAGAUCUCCAGUACAAUCCAGUGGAUCUUCUCCAAAACCUCUUAGACAACGUAUUCAGAAAUCUGUGGAAGAGAAAGUAAUUAAGAUGAAGCAAUCUUCAAUUAAAUCCCAGUUUGCAUGUACAUAUAAAAGUGAUUUGAGUGAAAUGAGUCGUCAUCGUUCCCUUGAAAUUCCAACCUGCAAACAUCCUGCACCAAAGGAACAUUUGAAAGCCGGAUAUGGGACAGAAGGUACAAAUUCAUGUCUUGAUGUACCAGUGCUUGGAACUAUUUCUGAAAGUCUUCACCAGACUAGAAGUUGUACAGAAAUGGGAAAGCUGAGUUGUCAGCCAAGGAACAAGAACUCCAAGAAUGAACAGAUGGAUCUGAAUCUGAAUAAUGACAAAGUAAUCUGUGACAAGGAAAGUGAACCAUCUUUGCAAAAAAAUGCUAAAAGACUUAAGACUUCAAACAACUCUCAGAAGGAAUUGGACACCAAAAUUGGUGGAAAAAGAAAACAGACCAAAACUUCAAGUAAGAAUAAGCUGAUUGCUGGUCAGGCAAAAUUAACUGAGUUUUUUCGACUAUAGGUUUUUGUUUUGACAUUCAUAGUAUGUUGACAGUUGUAGAAUUUUGUGAGAAAAAGGGUGAAAUUCAUGAAUUGUGUCCUUUCAUACUGAAAUAACUGAAAGUAACCUGUGUACAAUAUUAGACAACUUAUUACAAGUCUGGAUUAUGCUGAAGUCUUUUAUUUUAUAAUAGCAACACAUUGAUAGUAAUUGCAAUUUGUUGUUUUUGGUAAUGAAUUAUGUAUCCCUCUACAAUGAGAUGGGAAAUUAUUUUUGGUUGCAUAUGUAUAGCCACACUAAAACACAGUAAUUCAAAUUACAUUAAAUUCAAAAUAAAAUAUGUAAUCUUCAAAGAUGGUGGUGCAGAUCAGUAGUUUUCAUGCUUGCCAACAAGGUCGAUAGACUCUUCCCAGCAUACACCUGAGUACUACAGGAGAAAAAAAAAAUGCUGAAGGUUUCAGUCUUCAAAGAAUGAGAAUUCUUAUGGCCUCUGAAAACAGUAAUUUAAAAAAUGCUCCCUCCCCUGUGCACCGAAUCACAACAGACAUGGAGUUUCUACAUGAAAUUUUAUCAAAUUGCUAUAUUGACAUUGCACUAUACUUUACCAGAAUGAAAUGAUUUUUUGCGUAAAAAUAAAAUUUAUUUACUGUCAAAAUCUCUUCUUCCUAUAGGGAAUUUAGCUGAAUUUUCUUCAUCUGUGGUUUCUCUUUCCUGUAUUGACCCAAUAUUUCGAAUUUCAGCAUCAGCUGGAAAAGCCAUGGCUCCCUUCAGUAGCUGUUUUCUACCUAAGUUGAUUGGCCUAACGUGAUUUAAGAAAUCACGUCUGGAACCUGUGUCCUGUUUUGAGGGAAAACAAGAGUAGUGGUUUAUCUUUAUU